UUUUCUUUUUCUUUCUCCCCUUCUUCUUCCUCCCCCGAUCCCCUCCUUCCCUGCUUCCUUCCUCACGAAGCCACCUCCCUGGAGCUCCCAUGCCCCCCUCUCCUCCUCUCCCCGGCCUCGCGCGCCUGCUGCCUCCCCGCGCGCGCGCCUCCCUUGUCCACCUCGCCGGCCGCUCCGCCCUCUGUGUCCUCGAGCGCCUCCCCUGCUUCAGCGCCGCCAAGCCGACCACGCACGCCGCCCGCUUGCUGCUCCAGCGCCACCACCUCGCGCGCCUCCCCUUCUCCGCGCGCUGCCUCUCCCUGUCGUCCGCGCACGCCGGCCCGCUCUGCCUCCCCUGCGCCCGAGCACCUCCACCUUGCCUGGCCGCCCCACGCCGCCUUGCCCCUCCGUGCUGGCGCGGCCACGCCACCUUGUUUCCCUGCUCUGCCCGCUGCCGCCACCUUCCCUCGCUCCCGCGCCGUCGACCUCGCCUUUGGCUGCUGCUCCCUGCUGCUCCGCUUGCUGCUCGCCAGGCCCAGCCGAGCCCCCUGCUGGCCCAUCCUCUCCAGCCUGCAGGCCCAGCUUGCCCAAGACCAGGCCGAAGCCCAUCUCCAACCCUAGGCCCGUUGCCCUUUUUCCUUUCUCUUUUCUGGUUUUCCUUAAAAUGUGUCCCUUAUUUGUGGGCCAUCGCCUCGAACCCUGGAACCGGAGCCUUGAACAACUACAUCGUCUACUCGACUAUGACGACUACGUGUACGACUACCUCGUCUACGUCGACUACUUCGUCUACAUCGCGACGCCGCAACGAGUCCAAGGAUUCUUGCUCAAUUCCGGGCAAUUGAGUACUCCAGGCAAGCAGCCCUUCCAUGACCAUGUUGAUUAUACCUAUUGCCUCUCUCUCAAAUCUUGCAUUAAGUUACGAUCUCAGUCUUGUCACGAUGCCUCUAGAUUGCAUAGCUUUUAGUCAGCUCUACUCAAUUGCCUUUUGUUCUGUUACUUAUCCUAUUACCAUGUCACAUGUUUGUUCUUGCCCUACAUCUUGAUCAUUAGAUGUCAUGCUUAGUUGCGAGUCUAGUGUCCUUAUAUCUGGGGUUCCACAAUUGCUACAUCCACAUGCUACUUCCUGUAUUUGAAUUGCAAAUAUUAAACUGUGAUAUGAUAUUUAACUGUAACAAGGCAACGAUGGGAGGUCAUGCUCUAAUGCAUUGGUGAUUUGUUCCA